GUCUGCUAUGGAAACGCAAUCUAUGUGACCUUGGGUUGCUCCACGUUUCUGUUACCAAGAUGCAUAGUUGAGACCCACCACUCAAGGGAAGUUUUUAAUGAAAUGUGGAUUCUCUCGGUCCAGGCGGCCAAUUAAAUCCGCAUAGCCCCGGAUUCGAAUCGGUGUUCGUUUUCGCUAUCGUAUUACUUCAAUACGCCACACCUCGAACAGAUACUGCUCGCGAUCCCCAUAUCUGGGCCUACAGAGAUCUUAUUUCGGUUUUAACGAAUAACGAAGACCUCGGUGCAUCGCUGCUACUCCAGACGGAACAUGCCGCCCCGGAGAUCACACAAGAAGUCUCGCAACGGCUGCGACCAAUGCAAAAAACGGAGAGUGAAGUGCGAUGAAGCCGAUCCAUGUUUAAAUUGUACCCGUCGCAGUCUUUCGUGCAGCUAUCAGCAUCGAAUCGGCACACCACAACCUGAACCCAAGACGAAACAUGCUGAACGACUCGUUGCAUGCACCCCAGCUCCCGGCACAUCUCUUGCCAAGAUAUCUGCACGGACCGAUGCCGCCUUAAGCGUCUUUCAGCGCAAUUUAACAGAUACCGCAUACUUCGGGCGCGAGUGGAACGGUCAAGACCCCGAAUUGAUGCACCAUUACUGCACCUCCACAUGUACCACCUUAUCAGAUCGAGAAGAUAUCCACCACGUGUGGAGAAUCGAGGUUCCGAAAAUCGCUUAUUCCUAUGAGUUUCUCAUGCACGGCAUCCUGUCGUUAUCCGCACUCCAUCUGUCAUAUGUCAAGCCCGAAAAACAUAGUCAUUACCUCACCAGCUCCACUUUCCACAUGGCCCUAGGACUCCAAACGUUCCGAACUAUACUUCGCAAGCCAACCGCGGAGAAUUGCUUUGCCCUCUUCGCAUUCUCGAGCGUCAUCAUGGUCUGGAUAUGUGGUGUCCCGACAGACUCGAAGGAUGCACAGCCCUUGAGCAGCGUGAUUGAGAUGUUUAAUCUCUCCCGUGGUAUAACUUCCCUCCUUGAGUUUUUUCCCUUAAUUCAGAAGUCUUGUCUUGGGCCACUGUUCUCUCAAGACUGGAGCGAGAAAGUGGACACACCACUCCGUCUCUUCCAUGGCCUUAAUGACCAGAUCCAUAGACUCAGGUAUCGGCUCACAGUCGAAGUACUUGAAGAAGAGGAGAGAUCAAUCCUAGAGCAUGCCAUCAUUGAGCUGAAGAAAGCCUGCCAACGUAUUGAACGCGCCCACAGCCCUUCCGCCUGCGGCCUGAUUUUCAUUUGGCCGAUUACAGUCCGCAACGGGUUCAUUAGCUUGAUUGAGAAAAGGCAGCCUUUUGCCCUUGUAUUGCUUGCUUGCUACUGCGCACAGCUACAUGUGUUCCGGCGUUUUUGGGUUAUGGAAAGCCGUGCAGAAUCGCUGCUAUCCGAGGUCUUGGCGGUUAUGCCACCUGGGUACGCAGAUCUUUUAGACUGGCCGCGGCAAUUCUGUUUGCAUGGUCCCGAUAUGGAGAGAUGGUGUGUCCUUCAUCCAAGUAUGGAAGGAGUGGCUCAAGAAACGUUCUCUCAUGUCUAUAUUUGAAUCCAAUAGAUGUCGAAGAAUGUCCAUGUUCAUGACUUUCUCCUGUCUAACCUUGAACUAGCACUUCUUCAAAUGGUCAGCCUCGGGGACCAAAAGCUAUUCCUGUUCUAAUACUGGAAGUAUCCAUUGUAUUGCCCCUGAAUGCUACAUGAGGGCACAAAAAUCGAUGCCUAACAGAUGGUCACGUGUCACCAUGUUAAUGAUGCACUAAGCUAGGAAUGGUAAUCGGAGAGGGGGCUGUAAUCGCCCGAUUAGGUUAGUGACAUAGGCAUCCAUUCUGACAUCCAUUCAAUGUAGAAGUCCACCCUGAAGCAUUGCUCUCUGCGAC